AUGCCGUCGGGCAUCAAUCUACUUUAUAAGGCUGACUUCGCACGAGGCGGAGAUUCUGCCGGCAGGGAAAACCGCGUCGUAGACAUUGUUGCCGUUCAUGGUUUGAAUGAAAACUUGAUCGAAGCAUGGACGCAUCCUGAAACUGGAACUCUGUGGCUCCAAGACUUCCUACCUGAAUCAAUACCAGCCGCACGAGUGCUAACAUUCGGAUAUGAUUCCUCUCCCUCUUCCUUCUGUGGCCCAGCGUGUGCCGACACAAUUCAAAAACAUGCAAAUACUCUUGUGGCGUCUUUGCAGGGAGAUAGAAGUUUGGAGGGUUGUGAUAAUCGGCCAAUUAUCUUCGUUUGCCACGGGCUCGGUGGAGUGACAUCUUCACAAGUCCAGCACCUGUACACCGUUUUUGUCUCCACAUAUGCAAUACUUUUCUUCGGCACCCCCCAUGAUCGUGUGGAUUCCGCCAGCUGGCUUACACCUGACACUGCACCACAGUCCGGAUCACCCGUCAGGAGUAGACAGCACAGUCAUGAACGCAACAGUCUUGUCUCGGACGACGAUUCAAACACCUUGCAGAUAAUCACAGAGCAGUUUGCACCUCUGAUGAAGAAGUUUCGCAUAUUUUUCUUCUGGGAGGAGUUGCCAACGAAAUUUGGCAAUAACAUGCAAUUCCUCGUCGAAGAAGAUUCUGCUGCUCCCAGUAUGGACAAUACUGAGCGAUGUGGAAUCGACGCAACGCACUCCGGUAUGGUCAAGUUUUCAACAUCAAAUUCAUCAAGCUACAGAACCGUCAUUGCAGCACUAGCAAGGUAUUGCAAUGAUGCACCUGCUGUUAUCGCUCGUAGAUGGGAAAAGGAGCUUGAAACACUUGCACGAACGCGAUCUAAUGAUGCAUCGGAAAUUGUUGGCCCCGAUUUUGAAAUUCAUCUUGACCGCUUUACUUCAUCUUACAAAAAUAAUAUUUUAGAAGAACAUCGCAAUAAAUAUUUCUUCCCUCCACACGACACUAACCCAAAAUUUGUCGGCCGUCAGGAUAUUCUCAGUAUGAUACAGAAGACUCUGUUUUCUUCCGAAUCUAUUCCGUCAGAGAGGAGACAAAGACGAUUUGUGGUUUUCGGCAUGGGAGGCUGCGGGAAAACUGAACUGUCUUCGAAGUUUGCGGAGGAUAACAAGGACCGGUACCAUGCUGUUUUCACCAUACGUGCUGAAAACCUGGAGACAGCAAAAGAGUCCUUUGCAGAUAUAGGUAAAAGAGGAGGCUUAGAAGCUACCGAGAGUGCCGGAAAAUACUGGCUCUCGCAGUUGAGAAAGCCGUGGCUGCUCAUCAUUGAUAACGCCGACAACCCGGAUCUUGACUUGCAAGACUUGUUUCCUCGUGGCAACUUGGGUCACGUUCUUGUAACGACCAAAAACCCAGACUUUCGAAUUCACGGAACAGCCGGGAGUAUUGAACUGAAGGGACUCAGGGAGGAAGAAGCCCUGCAUCUACUGUUGGAGCGUGCGCAAAUUCCUAGACCGUGGGAUGCAACGACUGAAAGCUCCGGUCAAGAAAUAAGCAAAGCUCUUGGAUAUCUUGCUCUGGCAUUAGUUCAAGCAGGAACAGCCGUCUUCAGAAAGCUAUGCGAUUUGAAGGACUAUUUGAACUUCCAUAAUCUCUACUGGAGCAAACGUGGAGCACGAUCUCCUUCGAUAGGGGAGGUUGAAGAAAAAAGAGCGAAAAGAGGAGAGGACAUCAUAUACUCUGCUUUUGAUUUCUCUUUUGAAUAUCUUCGAGCAAAGAAUACAAGUAUAAGUCAAGACGCCGUGCAGAUACUGAAUAUCGUUGGCUUCUACCACUUUGAGAAUAUACGGGUUGACAUAUUUACAAGAGCCAUAGAAAAUAGGCGGAAGUCAAUUGCAAUGUCAACAGCCAAAUCAAUAGGAGGUAGAAUGCUAAAUGCGGUUGUUUCUCGUCUUCAUCCUCCUCAUAUGCUUCCACAAUUUUUGAAAGGUGGUUUGGAAGCCCUAAACCCAUACCGGGUAAGAGAAGCGCUUCACGAACUAUAUGCGCUGUCUCUUAUCAAUUAUGAUGGAAGGAACGCAAGCUUCUCCUUGCAUCCUUUAGUACAUAGCUGGGCUCGGGAUCGUCUUAGCCACGGGGAAAAGGCAGUAUGGGCUCAGAUUGCCCUUAACACGCUAACUGAGUCAAUUUUGCUGCCACCAGAAGAUGCUGAGGAGCUUCAUGCAGAAUAUAGGAAGGAUCUGCUGCCACAUCUAGAUAAAUGCCUUGCAGCAUGCCCGAUGCAAACAAGGAAUCUUGAUGAUAAACUCGGUAGAGUUCAACUUGCACUGGCGAAGUUACUUCAGCAAACCUUACUUUUCAUUGUUCGAGACCAGGCUGUCAGUGCUGCAAAAUGCGGCUAUGUAUAUGCAGAGCGUGGUCGUUUCACUGAAGGGGCCUUAUACCUGUCAAUGGUGAAAGAUAUAUUGGUCCAAACGUUAGGAUAUGAGAAUGAGAAAACAAUGAUAGCAACGCUCGGUCUUGCCGGGGUAUGCUGGGGGCUAGGAAGACUUGAAGAAGCUAUCGAGUUGCAAAAACGUGUCGUCCAGGCCCGUUCAAAGGUUCUGGGCCCUGAAAAUCACGAUACUCUAGUUGCCAUGGACCAGCUUGGCCGGUCAUUUUGGUUGCACGGGGAAUAUCAGGAGGCUCUUCAAUUGCAACAGGUGACCACGAAUAGAAUGAAAGCGUCACUUGGUUAUGAACACCCGGAUACACUUGCGGCUUUGGAUAACUUAGGUGUGACACUUGGGUCCUGGCACAGAUUUCACGAGAGCAUGGAGAUACACAAACAGGUUCUCUUCGCGAGAGAAAAGAACCUUGGAAGAACAGACCUGGAAACUCUGACGACUCUGAACAAUCUAGCAAUGGCUCUGCUUGACCUUGGAAAACUCUUCGAGGCGAAGAAAAUAAUGGAAGAAGUUGUUGAGCAAAGGCAAUUGAAGCUUGGAAAAGAACACCCCUGGACAUUGUGGGCGAUCUGCAACCUAGCAAAAGUCAUGAUUGAACUCGGACGGCUUAAAGAAGCAGAAACUUUGUUAAUAGAUGGAAUAGCGGCCGGGAUACGAAGUCUCAGUGAUGACCAUCUUGGGGUGCUAAUGGGUCGCGGUCAACUGGCCCGAGUAUAUGCACGACAAGGUCGAGCAAAGGAGGCCGAAAUUCUGACUUUAGAAGUCAUCGACAAGGUUGCAUCAUCUCGAGGUCAAGAACACCCAGAUUACAUUUAUGCUUUAUUCAAGCUAGCACAGCUCUAUGAGCAACAGGGUAAAUUUGAGAAGGCUAUUGACGCAUGUGAAAAUGCCUUGCAAAGGGCUAACACAAGGUUAACGACUCGACAUCCGCUUUACAAAAAGAUUGAUUCAUACAUUAAUGCCCUUCGAGGUCUACUUUUAUCUGAAGAACUGGAUCUAAAUACAGCCAAUGCCGGAGGUAGUAUACAUAAGUCACCCAAGUUGAGGAAUCUACCUCACACUAAAACCUGGUGA